AUUAUUUUGAGACUGUUGUCUGUCAUUUUUUGUAUCACCUCACUUCACUCCAUACGUUUAAUUUUUGUUUAAAGGCGCUAAUUUAUCUUUAAAUCAUUUUUCCUGUUUAAUUUAAAUCCAACAUGGUUAUUAUUAGACCAAUUAACCUCCCGGAUGCCGGUCUAGUUUACAGCUCACCCAACACUCAGUUGAAGAUAGCCGACCGCAUCAUUGGAACCGGAACUCUUUAUGUUAACCAAGAUUCAUUAGAAUGGAUGCCGGCAGAUCGACCAGAAGGCCUAUCCAUACUCUGGAAACAGAUAAGUGUCCACGGAGUAGCGCCCAAUCCAGUAAAAUGCAUUUAUUUUAUGUUGGAUCAUAAGUUAGUGUGGGAUGGUGUUUAUGGUGACAUUGUCAUUCCAAAUGGCAAUGGUGUUAAUGACGAUGAAAGUGAGGAUGAUGAAGAAUCAAACAGCGAUCAGAUGACAGAAAUGUGGCUUAUUCCUAAUGAUCCAAAUACCGUUGAUUCGAUAUAUCAAGCCAUGACCGACUGUCAAGCUCUGCAUCCAGAUUCGGCGGAAAGUAUUUCUGGAUCAGAGAGUGAUUAUAUGGAUUUUGAAUCGGUUGGUCAAGAUCGAGGUGAUGAUGAUGAUGAAAACGAUGAUAAUGUGGGAGGGAAUAUGCAGGAUUUGAAUAUCAAUGAUGAGAGAUUUGCUGAUGCAGAAGAAUGAGAAAAGUUUUUAGAUAUUAUAAAAUCAAGAUUAUUGAAUAGUUUUUUUAAAAGGUAAUAAAUAAGAUUUUUCUCGUUUUUUAUAAA